CAAUCUGCAAGCACUCAACACCGGCACAGAACUCUGUUAGCAGGGAAGACUGAGGUAGUUGGAGAGAGAGACGUUUGGAGAGGUAUUGUGCAGAUGAAGAGAGAAAAGUUUGGAUGAGAAGAAAAAAAACAAGAAACAAAUAGUAAAAAAGUUGAAGAGGAGAAAGAGAAAAAAGAAGAAGAAAAAGCGAGGAUUUGAAAAGUAAGUAACUAACAAUGGGCUCCCCAGUGCGCUGUGCUGCUGCUGUAGUUGUCUCACUACUGGGUCUCCUCUACUAUAGUCCCCCUGUAUGGGGCCAGGAGCUACAGGAGAGGGACGCUCUGUGCAACGAGGACGGCUGCUUCGUGGUCUACUUCCAGCGCAAGACCUUCCUAGACUCCUGGAGGAGCUGCAAGGAGAAGGGAGGCAACCUGGCCACAGUCAAACUCCAAGAGGGGGCUGACACUAUCGCUGCUCUCUUCUCCAGCGUGGAGCUACGGGGCCUCAGAACCAAGGUCCGGGUGUGGAUUGGUCUCCAGAGACAGCCUCGCCAGUGUACCGCCACUCGUCCUCUCCGUGGGUUCUCCUGGAUUACGGGUGACCAGGAUACCCAGUACACCAACUGGCUGAGGGAUGACUCACCGAGUACCUGUUCGGCCCCGCGCUGUGUGGUUAUGACCUAUGGCACAGCCGCCCACGAGCAGCAUGAUAAUUUUAAAUGGCUGGACGGCUCGUGUUCGGUGCCUGUGGAUGGCUACUUGUGCCACUACACCUACAAGGGCAUGUGCCCUGCUAUUUGGAGUGAGGGGGGCGGCAAUGCCCUCUAUAGUACCCCCUUCAGUCUCCUCAGUAGCCUUCUUACCCACGUGCCCUUUGGAUCUGUAGCCACGGUGCCCUGCCCGGGGGGCACCAAGGAGGAGCAGUCAGUGCUGUGUGUGCAGAGGGAGGAUGGCACUGUGGGGUGGUCCAGGGAGACGCCCCUCUGCUCCGACACCACAGAGAAGAGCUGGUGUGAUCGGGACAAUGGAGGCUGCGAGCAUUUCUGCCAGGAGGCUAGGGAACACUACUACUGUGAGUGCUCGGACGGUUUUCAGCUCGGUGACGACGGGCAGACAUGUGUUGCUGUCGACCCGUGCCACAGUGCCCCCUGUGAGUUUGAAUGCCUUCCGCUGUCGGACGGCUACCGCUGUGCCUGCCCCGAAGGAUACAUGCUGGACCCGGAUGAGCGAGGUUGCCUGGAUGUAGAUGAGUGCCUGCAAAGUCCCUGCGAGCAGCUGUGCGUCAACGCCCCGGGAACCUUUGAGUGCCGCUGCCGCCAGGGCUACCGGUCGGACCAGGAGGGCGACUGUGAGGACGUGGACGAGUGCAUGGAUGACCCCUGUGAGCACGCCUGUGAGAACACGCCUGGCUCCCACAUCUGCCACUGCCACCUGGGCUUCUCCCCCCUGCCCGAGGACCCCUCCCACUGCCAGGACACCGACGAGUGUCAGAUCCCUGGGACAUGUCAGCAGAUGUGUGUGAACUACGAGGGGGGCUUCGAGUGUUACUGCGAGGUGGGCUACGAGCUACUCUCUGACCAAUUCUCCUGCAGGAAGAUAGGAGAGGACUCACCCACCGCAGUCACGCCCUCGUACCCCUGGGUCACCCGCCAACCUGGUUCCAUGUGGGACCCCCAGCAGACCUACACCGACUGGCCCCUGGAGGAGGAAGAGUCCCUGGACUGGCUCACAGACCCUCCCAGACUGGAAAGUGACAUCAUCUGGGUGACCAGCGCACCCCAGGAGGAGCCAGUCCUAAACCACAACCCAUUCCUGCCCUCCCCCACGGAAGAGCCCGAGGAGGAGGACGAGGAGGAGGAAGAGGAGGAGGAAGAGGAGUAUACACCUGGCUGGGACAUCAUGAAUUGGAAUGUCCCAGCCAAGGUCCAGCCAGAGUUGGAACCCAUGCCCAGUCUCUCUCCCAGCCCCACAUCCGACACAAUCCCCACCCCAACACCCACAUCCGACACAAUCCCCACCCCAACACCCACAUCUGACAGGUAUUGGUUUGAGGAGGAUGAGGAGACCACUACCAGUCCCUCAGUCCUCCCCACCUCCACUAUCUCGGGAGGGGCCUGGAACUGGUUCUGGAUCAGUUCCACCCCCACCAGCCAGGACCAAGGACUUACGACGUGGCAGGAGCCAAUCACUGACCAGUAUGUCCCCGCAUCCAACUAUGAUGAAGCUGAUGAGAAUGAGGAUGUGGGGGUAAUUGACGAUGGGUGGGUGACAUCCCCCCCAGAGAUGGACCAGGACCCAGGCCAGCACACCCCCUCCCUACCUUCUCCCCUGGCUCCUCAAACCCCCCUCACACCCAACCAGGGAGUGGUGAAGGAGGACGUGGUGGGGGUGGAGGAUGAGGGGGAGCCUUCCCAGGAGGAUGAGAGUAUCCAGAAGCAGGAUGGUGCCAACUGGCUGCUGGUAGGCCUCCUGGUGCCCCUUUGUAUCUUCAUCGUGGUGAUGGUGGCACUGGGCAUCGUCUACUGUACCCGUUGCGCUGUCACGCCACGCAAUAAGUCCGCCACCGACUGCUACCAUUGGAUCUCCGGGGCGCACGACAAGCAGGGCGCGUUCAAUCCCAGCAAGGGGAUGCAGUCACAUGUUUAAACAGACACAAUGAGGAAAGACUUGUACAUAAAUAAGCUGGUUUUAUAAAUAAGAGGAGAGGAUAUGAAGAAGGUAAGAGAGGACUUGGGUGGUUGUUUUAUUGAACGCGACUCUGUGAAACACUUGGAUGUUUCUGUGGAAUAUCGGUUGAAAGAGAAAAGAGAAGAAACAGGAAGCAAUACAACAGCAAAAAACACUGAUCCUUUUCUUGGGAUGAUUUGACAUUAUUGUUGCUUACGCAGAUCUCACAGGACAAGGUAUAUGAUCCCUAUAUGAUUGCACUAUAGGGUCAUAAUAGAAACCAUCUAUUGGGGUUGUGGUUGAAUACGUCAUCUGGUUAUAGUUACAGAUGCUGUGGGUAUACACUGUUAAUGUUUUUCCAGUGCCAUCUGAAAACCUAAGCCAAAGAACUAUACUGUAGCCUAUAGCAUUGUUUUGUUGUCCAUGAAAUCUGGGUGUCUGCAUCUUUCAAACAAAUGCUGAGGGUUUGAGCUCAUUCCCCAAAGUGUGGUGUCACAAAUUACUAUUUUUUGUCCACUUGUCAAAGAAGCAGGUUCUUAUUUACCUCAGAAGUUGGUAAAUGAAGGCGGUUGUGAUUCACGCUCCUUGGCAGGAUAGCAGACAUUUCAGCAGUUGAACCAAACUAUGCAAAGCAUGACUGUCAUGACGCUGUUGACUGUCACGACGCUGUUGACUGUCACGACGCUGUUGACUGUCACGACGCUGUUGACUGUCACGACGCUGUUGACUGUCACGACGCUGUUGAGAAGAAGCAGUCACUCGGAUAUUACUUUUACGCUUCUGCUUUUUUAAGUACCGGAACAAAUCAAUUCACACCACAGACCAAAUUAGUUUUAUACAGUACGCGUGUAUAUAUGUGCUUGAUUGAUUGUUUUUGUGUAUGUAUAGUUUGUAGCAAUGACUUUUCCAGACAAUGUGUUAGUGCCAUGAUUCCUGAUUCAACGAAGUGCCUUUUGUUUCAUAUUGACCACAGAACUCUUAGUAAUCCCAUGGAAUGUCUGUCUGUCUAAGGGGAUGGUUCCUUCCAUUCAACUCCAAUUAAACUAACCAUCUCACCCAUGCUCCUCGUGAAGGUUCGAGUGCAGAUGUAAGAUGUGUUUGUAUUACAGACUACAAGGACUGUAAUGGGGGGGGGGGUCACAGGCUCCCGAUUGACUUUAUCAUUGGCCUUUUCAGUGAACUCGUGAUCUUUCACUCGCUCCCCAGUCCCAUGUCACAUACUGUAAGUGUUCAGCACGCCCCACUCCCUCUUGUCACAGGCGUGACCUGAGCUUUCUAUGAACUUCCUCAAUAGCCAUGAUGGGACAAUACCAACAUUUACAGUUUGAAGUCAAUGCACCCUCUAGCAACUUUGACAGUAACUGCAGUCCCCAUUCAAAGGAUGGCUUGCACUUGUAAAUGACAGACUAUCAGAAAUGACAGACAAUGAAACCAAUCUAAGAUGGGCCUUCUGAUCUAAGGACUGUGAAAUGCUUUUACAUUUCAUUUGUUACCCGUUAGGUUUUAAGUAAUUGUUCAUUAAAAUUAUAUGAUAAGGGUUCUAUCGAUAUUCAUGUCUUGUGAUUUAAUGGUUCAUGGUCCAAUCACUUCAUAAUGUAAUCCUGAAUGUUUUAGGAGACUUGCAGAAACCUCAGUUUGAAAUUGAUUCCUUGUGCACAGAGAGUAUAUGGAAGCAGCACUAAGUCGAAGAGGCCCUAUUGGGUGUUUAAAUAAACAUCUUCAGGUGCCCUUCAACGCUGACAGGAGAGGCGGGAGGGUGUGUGAACGUAGGAAUAUCACAGCUCUGCGACAAACACAACGUUUGGAAUCCAUCAAUCAAAGCCCACAGGGGUGGGAAAUGAUUCAUUAAAACUCUCCGAGAACAAUCUCACUGUAUUAGGCAACACCCGUCCCCGAUACCGAGGAAUUGUUUAUUUUUCAUGUGUCAAAUACAACAGGUGUACACUUUAGCGUGAAAAGCUUACUUGGGAGCCCUUUCCCAGCAACGCAGAGUUCAAAGGAUAAAUGAUAAAAUACUCAUCUUAUCUUAUUAGGCAACACCAGUCCCCAAUACCCAGGCUGCAUUGUGGUGUGUCAUCGUAGCUGGCAGGGUCGGCUCCUUAUUGUAUAUUAACGGAAUGUGUUGAUCACAACCAGACUGGGGCUCAGUGUGGAGCUCUAAGGGGGUCUCUUCUGUGUUUAAUCUCUGAUCCAUCUGGGUCACCUCUCACUGGAGGCCUGCUACAUGGCAUGCUGCUCUUAAAACCGGAGGUUAUCUGAUGCCACUGACCAUCGAGAUCACAGAGAUAUUUAUUCAUCUGCAGCCAGCCCAAGGCCUGCCUGUGAGGCCGGGCGGUGAUCACUCACAGGGGAUAGAUGUGCCACUGACUACAGAGAUUUUAUUUUUGUAAAUAUCUUUAUUCCUUUCUGUGCCACAGACAGAAUGCAGUCAGAUGACGCCCUGUAAGGUGAUAUCUCAUGGGCCCUUCUGUGUGUUCAGGGUCAGGCUUAGCCACUCAGACACAGUGGGGUUGUGUUGCUAGGGGUUGUUAAGGGGCGCCUCCUUGAUGAUGUAAGCCCCAUAGGGACAGAUCUGGUCAGCUACUCUGCCUGCCUUCCGCCAUGUUCUGCCGCAUCUAUCACCUAAUCAGCUGAUGACGCAAUAGAAGGGCCAUCUGGUCAUGGAUGGACGCACAAGAUUUAUAUACCGCGAAACGGUGACGUCAGCAACAGUUGGCUUCGCUAUACGUAUAUUCCUGGGUACCUGCGCAAGUUGGCCAUCUCCAAAAGCAUGUGCGUAUUAGGGGAAUAGUGGUGCGUUGGAGCUCUGUCCGGCAAGUUUAAUAUUUAAUAGACCACAUAAGUGGUGUACACUGGAGUUCAUUCAUUGGAGUAAAUUCUGAAGUUCAGGAUGGCAACUUCCAUUCGAUAGUCUGUAAUGCUGAAUACAAAUUGAAUACAAUCAGAAUACAACAUUGGCGUUGAAACUGAGUUAUUGAAACAUGAUAGAAUAAGGUAUUUCUCACUAAACUGUAACAUACAUCAAAGUAGAGUAGAACGUAAGUCAAAUCAUAUCCAACUUUAUUAGUCACAUGCUCCGAAUACAACAGGUAUUCACCUUACAAUGAAAUGCUUACUUACGAGCCCUUAACCAACAAUGCAGUUUAAAGAACCCCCCCCAAAAAGAAAAAAUAUAUUUUUUUAAAUAAACUUGACUGAAGUAAAAAUGAUACAUAUAUAUAUUUAGAAAAAUAACAGAUACUUAAAGAGCAACAAUAAAAUAACAGUAACAAGGCUAUAUACAGGUGGUACCAGUACAGAGUCAAUGUGCAGGGGCACGGGUUAGUCGAGGUAAUUGAGGUAAUAUGUACAUGUAGGUAGAGGUAAAGUGACUUUGCAUAGAUAAUAAACAGAGAGUAGCAGCAGACAAAAAAUGUGACUGUUCUCUCUGCUAUAGUCCAGGUAGCCAUUUGAUUAGCUGUUCAGGAGUCUUAUGGCUUGGGGGCAGAAGCUGUUAAGAAGCCUUUUGGACCUAGACUUGGCAUUCCGGUACCGCUUGCCGUGUGAUAGCAGAGAGAAAAGUCUAUGACUACUAUGACUAAGGUGGCUGGAGUCUGGCAAUUUUCAGGGCCUUCCUCUGACACCUCCUGGUAUAGAGGUCCUGUAUGGCAGGACGUUUGGCCCCAGUGAUGUACUGGGCUGUACGUACUACCCUCUGUAGUGCCUUGCGGGCAGAGGCUGAGCAAUUGCCAUACCAGGCGGUAAUGCAGCCAGUCAGGAUGCUCUCGAUGGUGCAGCUGUAGAACUUUUUAUGUAUCUGAGGACCCAUGCCAAAUCUUUUCAGUCUCCUGAGGGGGAAUAGGCAUUGCCGUGCCUUCUUCAUGAGUGUCUUGGUGUGAUUGGACCAUGAUAGUUUGUUGGUGAUGUGGUCACCAAGGAACUUGAAGCUCUCAACCUGCUCCACUUCAGCCCCAUCGAUGACAAUGGGGGCGUGCUCGGUCCUCCUUUUCUGUAGUCCACGAUCAUCUCCUUUGUCUUGAUCACGUUGAUGGAGAAGUUGUUGUCCUGACACCACACUGCCAGGUCUCUGACCUCCUCCCUAUAGGCGUCCUCAUCGUUGAUCAGUGUCGGUGAUCAGUGGAACACAAGUUGAGUUUACUAUAUUUUCUUGUCUCUAACUGGUCGUUAUUCAUGUCAAAACGUCUUCAGGGUGUCGUCCACUUCGAAAAUGAAGUGAAAUCCAGACACACAUGCCCUCAACCAUGUUCAAAAAGUUACAAACUUGCCAAUGUUCAUUUUUUCAUAGCCCCAACCUUCGCAAAAAGAAUAAAAACUCCCAUUCAUGCUGUUAAUGCCCUGGCCUUGAGUUGUUGAAAUGUGAAGCUAUUUUCUGACUGAGGGAGAACCUGUAGCAUCAGUUUUCCUCAUUACACAUUCCUAGGUCUUAAAGUUGAAGUCAGACAUGCAUUGAACAGAGCACAAAGAAGGAUUGGUGCCAAAUAGGUAUGAGAGAGAAAUCAGGAGCGUGUGUCUACAUCUGCUCAUACGCAGACUAUUGUUAAACGUGUUUAUUUCACAGUGACGGCCAACUCCGGCCAACCCCUAACCCAGACGACGCUGGGCCAAUUGUGCUUCACCCUAUCGGACUCCCAACCAAUGCCGGUUGUGAUACAGCCUGGUAUCAAAACAGGGUCUGUAGUGACGCCUUCAGCACUGAGAUGCAGUGCCUUAGACCGCUGCGCCACUCGGGAGCCAAAUCAAAGCCAUCGAUUUUCAACCAUCACCAGCAAAUAAUACCAGACUCCUGCUUUAAAUGGCCAGCUCUCCAUUUUCUUAAGUCAAAUCAACAAACGUUGCAAGUCAAUUCAGAUGUAAUAUGCGGCGUUUGUAUUAGUAGGGAACGUUCAGGCAGCUGCAGAGUCACUACAGAAGCUCUAGAGCAGUGCCCAGUUAAAUUGUGUUUGAUAGCAUUUUCUCUAAAUGGUUAAAUGAGUGAGAACUUGAUGUAGUUGUCGCAAUAGUUAGUGACAUACUUUAUACUGUCCUCCAACAUUAUUUAGCCAUAUUCAAUUAUUUUACAAAGCGCUAAUAUCACCGCGGACAGCUUGUGUUACUACUUUACACAAGCUCACUAUUUCACCUCACACAAUUGAGUGAAAAUAGACAUAAUUCUUUACCUCAGAUUGGUAACAACAAUAUAAAGGUAUAUAGUCAAGAGGACACUAAAUCGAUACAGCGAUGGGCUUAACCCCCCUAACCUAAUUUUCCUCUCCCGUGUGCCUCCCCAUCCUCCCCUCAAGACAUCUGACAGAGGAUCUGUCUCUCCGUGACUCCCUCAGUACUUUUCAGAGCCACUGUGGUGCUCAGUUUCCAUCAUGUUAUUCACCUCUGUUGCUGUGAGUCUUGUGUUGUGUUAGGUCGAUGGGGUGAAGUAAUUAUGAAAAAAGUGAGUGAUUAUCGAUGGUAGUGUCGCUCUGUCUCACCCCCCCACUGAUCAAUGGCUUGUAAUUACAAAUCGUGCUCCUUCGCAAGGGAAUUGUGUUGAAUCAAAUGGAAGGCCAGCGGAUUGACUCCUAGUGUAGUUGACUGUCUGGCUGUUUUACUGACUGGAUUUGUUGGCUUCUGGCUGUUUGCUUUGAACAUACAUUGUGUUUCUGGUCGAUUGCCAGAUAGACCCUGAGGAAGCUGGGCUGGGACUGGUCCAUGUGCAGUCCUCCAUACAGACAUGCCAGUACUUUGAGCAUCUUUCUCGCAGACCAAUGCUCGGCCGUGGCCUCGGGGGCUAAGCAGGGCUUCUUUGGUAAUGGCGGUCUGUCAGCACAUGCAGAGAAAUAUGGAAUACGGAAAUAUUUGAUCUAAACUAUGUGAGGGAGGAAGGGAGGGAAGAGGGAGAAUAAGAAGACAGGAAAUAGGGCUUUGGGGUCUAGUAUAGUCUGUAGUAGUAAACAGAAUAUAUAAGGGACAAUGUGGGAUCUGGUUACCAUGGGGAUUCUCAAUGUGUCUCUACCACUGGUUGGCUAAUUAGAACAGUGUGUAAUGGGAACAUAAUGCUGCAGAACACUGGUGACGGGAAUGUGCAUCCCCUCUCACAGAAGGGAUCGGUCUCUAUCCACAUCUGUUUAUUGUUCUCUGUACAGUACAGUGUGCUUGUGUGUAUGUGUGUAUGUGUGUCCCUGCCUGCCUGCCUGUCUGCCUGUCUGUCUGUCUGUCUGUCUGCCUGCCUGCCUGCCUGUCUGUCUGUCUGUCUGUCUGUCUGUCUGUCUGUCUGUCUGUCUGUCUGUCUGUCUGUCUGUCUGUCUGUCUGCCUGUCUACGAGCAUGUGUGUGUCUGCCUGCUCGUCUGCAAGCAUGUGUGUGUCUGCCUGCUCGUCUGCAAGCGUGCGUGUGUAUGCGUGGGAACGAGAACGGGAGCAUAUGAAUAUGUGUGUGAACGUUUCUCUUUUCACUGUUUGUAUUUAGAAUUUGUACUUCCUGUAAGAGUGUGUGAACAUGCAAAUUCACACAGAGUGUAGCUUUUCCUCAGGGCUAAGCUUGUCAGUCAGUGUUGACUUUCUAGUGUUGAGCGUACAGUACCCUUCAGCCAUUCCACACCAGUGCACUCUUGACAGACAUAAUGACCAUUUGCUGUGUCAGGGAUCAGUGAAUUUCUCUCAGUGAAAGUGCUUAAUUCAGUUCAGUAAUAGACCAUAUAGUGUUAUAUUUGAAUAUGUAAUACAGUAUGUGUAAUGCGACAAGGUCUUGUGUGUUUGCUUUACGUUCACUCUGAAUCCACAUGACAUGACAAAUUGUGUUUCCCAGGUCGGGUGACAUCAGCACCCUAAUCCUUUUGUGUCACGUCCUGACCUUAGUUCCUUUUUUAUGUCUCUAUUUUAGUUUGGUCAGGGUGUGAGUUGGGGUGGGCAUUCUAAGUUUUGGUUCUGUCUGUUAUAUUUCUAGGUGUUUGGCCUGGUAUGGUUCCCAAUCAGAGGCAGCUGUCAAAUCAGAGGCAAUUGUCUCUGAUUGAGAACCAUACUUAGGCAGCCUGUUUUCCCACUAUGGGUUGUGGGUAGUUGUUUUCCGUUUCAGUGUUUGCACCAUACGGGACUGUUUCGGUUUUCAUUUAUUUUCUUGUUCUUUUGUAUUUAGUGUUCAGUUAAUUAAAGGAAAUAUGAACACGUA